CACUGCUUCACACGCAGUUGAAGAAACCGCUCUCAGGCUGGACGAAGGCGGAGCAGUCGCGCAAGCUGAGCCAACUGAAGGGCCUUAACAUGCUUAGAGCAGUCCUAGGCCAGCCUCCAGCACGAGGCACUCUGGGACUUGUAGUUUGCUUCCCGGUCAGCAUUUUUCCCAUCCCGUUUCCCCGCCUGUCAACGACGCUUUUUAUUCUCUCCCUCUCCUUCCAGCACGCCGACUUCCUGGUCGCCGCACGUCCUCACUUACGACUACACUACCCAGAAGUCUCUUCCUCGCGACCCAGGGCGCUGCGGGCGGUGUCCGUCUCCUGUGGACUACAACUCCCAGAAGUCCUCUGGAGAAGUGCUUCCCUCUUUCUCCAGGACCACAAUUCCCAGAACCUUCAGCUUCACGGCGGUUCCCUUUUCACUCGAUCUGUUUUUGAGCUGGCUGGGCUUCAGCCGGCCAGCAGGCGCACAGCGACGACGUGAUUCGUCGGGACUGGGCACAGGGUUUCCUUAGCGGCCCGUUUUUCUCCCCACUCAGUUAUCCCAUUUACAGGCCGUCGCGGCUGGCCUGAGCGGUGACCUGGCGGGCCGCGCCUGCGCUCUGCCCCGUUUCCUGCCUGGCUGGUGGCGGUGGCCAUUUUGUUCAUCCUCCUCCUCCUCCUGCUCCUCCUGGUUGGAGCGCAGUGUCCGGAGCGGGCUGGGGGGAGAGAGCCCGAGAGCAGGGUUUGGUGCCUUCUCCUCUGUCCCCAGCCGGUGCCCGGAGCCCCCCUCCCCUUCCUCCCCACCCCCUCCCCUCCCCAGCCCUGCCCUCCCCCUUGUCCCGGGAUCGCUCCGUCGCACCCACCAUGAUGGAAGACGACGGGCAGCCCCGGACUCUACACACACAAGCUAAGACAUAUGGUUCUAUCAUCAGAAAACAAUAUGGUGUUUAUAGCCUAGAUACGUAGGUAACCUCUCCAGAGAUGUGACAGAAGUCCUUAUACUUCAGUUAUUCAGUCAGAUUGGACCCUGUAAAAGCUGUAAAAUGAUAACAGAGCAACCCGAUAGCAGAAGGGUCAACUCUUCUGUUGGAUUUUCUGUUUUGCAGCAUACAAGCAAUGACCCAUAUUGCUUUGUGGAAUUUUAUGAACACAGAGAUGCAGCUGCUGCAUUAGCUGCUAUGAAUGGGAGAAAAAUUUUGGGAAAGGAGGUCAAAGUAAACUGGGCAACAACACCAAGUAGCCAGAAAAAAGAUACUUCCAAUCACUUCCACGUGUUUGUUGGGGAUUUGAGUCCAGAAAUUACAACAGAAGAUAUCAAAUCAGCAUUUGCCCCCUUUGGUAAAAUAUCGGAUGCCCGAGUAGUUAAAGACAUGGCAACUGGAAAAUCCAAAGGCUAUGGUUUUGUAUCUUUUUAUAACAAACUGGAUGCAGAAAAUGCAAUUGUGCAUAUGGGAGGUCAGUGGUUGGGUGGUCGUCAGAUCAGAACCAACUGGGCCACACGUAAACCACCUGCACCUAAAAGUACACAAGAAAAUAACACUAAGCAGUUGAGAUUUGAAGAUGUAGUAAACCAGUCAAGUCCAAAAAAUUGUACUGUGUACUGUGGGGGAAUUGCCUCUGGGUUAACAGAUCAGCUUAUGAGACAGACUUUUUCGCCAUUUGGACAAAUUAUGGAAAUAAGAGUUUUUCCAGAGAAAGGCUAUUCGUUUGUCAGAUUUUCAACCCAUGAAAGUGCGGCCCAUGCCAUUGUUUCGGUGAAUGGCACUACUAUUGAAGGACAUGUUGUUAAAUGCUAUUGGGGUAAAGAAUCUCCUGAUAUGACUAAAAACUUCCAACAGGUCGACUAUAGCCAGUGGGGCCAGUGGAGCCAGGUUUAUGGAAACCCACAGCAGUACGGACAGUAUAUGGCAAAUGGGUGGCAAGUCCCGCCUUACGGAGUAUACGGGCAACCAUGGAACCAGCAAGGAUUCGGAGUAGAUCAAUCACCUUCUGCUGCUUGGAUGGGUGGAUUUGGUGCUCAGCCUCCCCAAGGACAAGCUCCUCCCCCUGUAAUACCUCCUCCUAACCAAGCUGGAUAUGGUAUGGCAAGUUACCAAACACAGUGAGCUGGGACUCUAAACAAAAUUGUAAUUCAUGAUAGCUUCAGUUUCCUGUGACACUCUGAAGACAUGAAAGUAGACAUCGGAAAAUGAAAAUAUUUAUUUUAAAAAUUGAAAUGUUUGGAACCUUUAGCACAGCUUUGCUUUGGUGAAGGACACAUGUCUUCUAGUUCUGCCUUUUUAAGUUUUUGUUCAUGAUGGAUAUGAACAUGAUUUUUCUUUGUGUACAAAAACUAAAAUAAAGUCAAUAAAGACAA